UCACCCCAGGUACAAUUCUCUACCGCUCAGUACUACGCUUUUAGAACGUCGGUAUAUUGGCCGGCCGUCUACCAGGCAUUUUCUAGUGGGAAGGUAGAUAAUGCCCUACUCGCUCAAUGGCGUUGGUUCUUUGAAAGUUACUCCGCUUUUAUUGGCAGUGCGGGACGUGCAGUAUACACCUGCAGGCCGAACCUCUGGACCUUGUGCCCCAAGCGUAUUCAUACUCUCCAUGGCAGCCAUAGUGACCUCCAGAACCCCAUGCCUCGACAGUUUGGUAUCGUCUGCACUCUUCCCGUGCUUUCAAACGGCGACCCGAAUCUUUGACAAUCGAAUUUCCUGGUGGCUAUCAUACAUCGGAUAGACAAGGAGUCCAGGGAGAACGCGGGUUUCACACAUUUCGAACAAGGAUAUUACGUCUAGAGCACCGGAAACCACGCGCAUAUUUUCAUCUUCUCAUUGCUGUUCGCAGCUGAUUAUUUAGCCCGGAAGGAUUACCUUGUCC